GCUGAAGUGCUCUUGGAGAUGAAUGUUGUAGUAGUCGAAGGGACAUUCUUCAAAUAGUUGCUUCUUGCUUUCAGGUCCAGCAACAUGUUUGAGGUGCCAUUGCCUCUGGAUCGAGAUGGGAUCCUCUUCCGGCUCCGCUUUACCACCCUGGCUGUCGGGACCGUGUGUUGCCCGCUGUUUGGAUUCCUUUUCUGUGUGAUCUGGUCUCUGCUGUUCCACUUCCAGGAAACGACAGCUACUCACUGCGGUGUCCCCAAUUACCUCCCCUCCAUCAGCGCCGCGAUUGGCGGCGAGACCCCUCAGCGCUACAUGUGGCGUCUCUGCAUUGGCCUCCACUCCGCACCCCGCUUCCUGGUGGCCAUCGCAUACUGGAACCAUUACCACAGCUGUCACUGCACGCACCCUCGCUACCUGCGGCUCUGCCGCAUCAACUUCGCCCUCAAUGUCCUCGAAAACGUCGCCCUCCUUUUGCUGACGUACGUGUCUUCCUCGGAAAACUAUGCAAUCCACGAAAAUUCCUUCAUCCUCUUUAUCACCUCAGCCCUGGGUCACAUGUUCCUGACUUGCAUUCUGUGGCGGAUGACUAAGAAACACACAACACAUUUCCCCUCUUCCACAGCAGCCGGUGUCACCACGCUCUGCACUUUCUGCUGUGAAACGUCCCAGGAACUUCUGGCUAGUUAUCCUCUGAUUCUGGCUGCAUUAGCGGGACUCUUUGCCAAGGCCUGUUGCAGCAUCAGGGGGAGCUGGAAGACCCCUCUGCUAUGCAUCAUUCGCCAUCUGGGUGCUGAUUCCAGCAGAUCCCCUGACCAGGAGCCCCCAGAUUGUAUCUAGCAUGUCAAUGUGAUGGAGGUAGUGCCUUGUAUCAGACACAUACAAAACCAAAACACAAGAGUUGCUCUGUGUUAACCCUGGUGUCCUGGCCAAACUGCAGUGACAUCCAGCUACUUAACUUACUCCUGCUUUUUCCAUUUGUCGUCUUAUUCCCUUACUGUUCUGCAGUGUUGCUGCGCAACUGUUCAGUAGCAACAAAACUCAGCCCCAGAGGUGGCUGCAUUUCAGUGGUGGGUGAAGGAAUUCCUAAAAGCUCUGUUUGAGUUUGCAAAGGGCUUUGAUGGAAGCUGCUCUGUACAUACAGAUCUAUAGGUAGAGAAAUUAGUGUGAGAUGAAUUUAUAGUCUUCAAAGUGCAUUUCUAGGGGCCCUUGAGCUCAGCAGAAAGGGGCAUGAUACACAGGAUCAAUCUUCCUCCAGCAUUUUUGUAGUACUCCUCACAUAGGAGUGAGCAAACGGAAGGUCGCUGUGUUCAAACCCGUAUGGCCUAGCAGAGUGGUGAACCUGUAUCAGAACCAUGGACGGGGUCUCCCAGACUCGUGGGUGUGCUAACACUCCCCAUGAUACCUUCAGCCAGCACACAGCAAGUGCAGCCCGCAGCGUUGCUGCUGGUCACUGAGAUGAGCCUGCUAUAAAUAUCCCCCUAGAAAUUCUCAGCACAGGAGCUGUAUUUGUCCUCACAUUCACCACAUGGGAACUGGGGCAGAAAGUGCAGACGCAAACCGAGCUGGAAAUAGAGCUGAAGCGUGUAGCGCUCAGGCAAAUGCCUCUAGGAUCCUGCAAUUCCUGAGCGAGGAAUGUUUCCCGGCAGAGAUCUGGGGGUCCCUCGAAAAGUUUGCCUGGAGGGAGAGAGCUGAGGAGCUCUGGGAUGGCUGAGAGGUGAAACGGGAGCAGUCCACACGGGUGCGCAGUCUCUGCCUGUUUGAAGGCCCAAAGGUUUGCUGCAGCAAGAGCAGUUGUGUGAUGGGGAUUGAGAUAACACUGGGGCCACCAGGACCCUGGCAUGGGGAGGUCGGAGUGACGUGGCGCUGGGCUUCCCGUUGUCCUGUCCAGGCUGGUGCAGAGCGGCAGGUAGCCCAGGGGCUUGGCGCUCGCUGGAAGGGAGCCGUGGGGCUGCGCUUUUCUGGGCUGGGGGGGAGGAAGCUGUCUGCUCUCCUGCUGCUGACUAGCUCCUGAGCGCAUGGGAAACACGCCUCAGCUCGAGGGGUGCAAUUGGCUGAACUAAAAAUACUCGGCUGUGGUUUCCUGGCCCAGACACGCGUUCGGUACCUACUGCCGCUGCACGAGGGCAGCUGCUCAGGACAGUGAGCUGGCAUUGUGGGGCCAGUGCCCGGCGUCUCUCCCUGCCGUCUCGCCAGGGGGAAAGUAGGAAGCUGAAAUGACUGACUGAGCAAGUUCGACUUCCUGCAGUUUUGAGCUGGCGGCCCGUGCAGCGUCCUGAGCAGCCAGCACUGUGUGCCGAGCCUUUAGGAGAGGCUGAAGCCAGCUGGGCUCUGGGCCGAGCCUUUAGGAGAGGCUGAAGCCAGCUGGGCUCUGAGCUCCUUGAUCACCACUAGCAGCAGAGUCUUCCAGGAAGAGCCUGCAGCUCCAGGAAGUGAGGGGGGCGUGCCACUGAUCCACCCAGCAGCCCUGACCUCCCACUGUCCACAUUCUGUCGCUCACUCUUCUAGACCCUCUCCCAAGCAGCAGGUCCCUGUCCGCUUCUCAAGCGAAAUCCCCGGAGGAGCGGUUCCCCCAAGGCAACGGCAUCAGAACUGCCUCUUCGGCCCUGUCUCCGUGCAGCCAGGGGGCAAUGGAGCAGGGAGGUUGUGAUCAGAGCUCAAAGCUCUCAUCUCAGACUAUAACAGACCAGCCCCCAGGAUGCUGAGCGCCUCAGGCCUGGCAGUUAUUUUACAAAGCACGGCCGGGGCAGGAUCUUAUGCGGCUCGUCAGCGUACGGGAGGUCAGGCCAACGGGAUCCAGAGACCCAAACUCCCCCAGGGCCGUAUUGCACCAUCCCUGUGUUGUCUGCGCACCUCGCGGGCAUUAGCAAAUGUGUCCUCACAAUGCCUGGGCUGCUGAUGCCGUCUUUACGAUUUCCAGUGUACCGAUGUGCGAGGCCAAGACAGACUGAGCAUGCCUGCCCUGCACGCUAAGCCAGGUUUGAGGCCAAGCCCCACGUCUGUCCGCACACGCUUCAGUCUGACUCAGGUCAGCAAGCAGUCGGGACACCAGUUACUGCUGAGGGCAUUCUGCGCCAAAACAUUAAAAAUCCUGCACCUAAAAUUUCUGCGCACAAUAUUUUAAUAUUCUGCAUAAUUCUGCACAUUUUAUUUGCAAAUAAAUGUGGAGGCUCCAGCCUGGCACUGGGGGGCACAGGCCACUGGCUGCACAGAGGUCGGAGGUCACAUUGCAGCUCCUCCCUGGGACACGGACUCAGCGGUGAGGCUGCACCCAACCCUUGCACAGUGCAAGGGCUGGGCCUGCCCCAGAAACACCCCACAGCCCUGCCCCUCUGCGCCAGGUGUGAGCAGUCAGGCUUAGCAAGGCGGGAUCCAGGUGUGGGGUGAGAGGGUUCUGUGUGGGGCAAUCUGGGUGUGGGUGGCUCAGUGGGGGAUCCGGGUGUGGGGGUGAUCUGGAUGCACAGGGGCUUGUUGGGGAGUUCUCGGUACAA